AAACCCAAGGUUAGGUUAGCUUACUGGUAGGCCACUGGAUCUUAGCAUCCCCAAGACGCCUAUUUUAGCGGGGCUGGCUUUUCAAGUCUUCGACUUCAAGGUCUCAAGCAUUGAUAGUCAAGCGGGCUGAUCCCCAGCCAUCUGGAUGCUUGCUGUAUUGUCCCAAUUGCCUCCAGGAAGUGGUUGCUUUUCCCCAACACGCAACAUCCAUUGUUGACUCACAUCGCACUGGCUUCUCCGCUGCAACAGCCACCCGUCCCUCUGAAGCACCACUUUCGACCGCGUAAGACACGACAACAUAGCGCAAACAAACUUGAUACCAACCCAAAUGCCUUCGUCGUCUCGCCCUCUGCCAGGGCAAGGGUCGGGUCCACCGACUCGCAAGAAGUUUGCUACUCCGCCAGUGAAGCUGGCUUGUAUGCCGUGUAGAGGGUCGCGAGUUCGAUGUAGUGGAUCGCAGCCGUGCCAUCGUUGUGGUGCACGAGGCCUGCAAUGCUCGUACUCUCAGAGCCGGCGCGGAGUAUCAGCUCGCAGUGCCACCGAUGACCGCGCAACCAAGGAGCAUGACUCGAAUAGUACCGUUCAUGGCCAUCCUGUGUCUAGCUCAACACCUAACCUUAUCCUACCACCGCUCUAUCUGGGCAACGGCCUAGAAUCGGUCGCGUUCGAUGAGACGCAGAGCGACGGUCUUGAUGAGUUCUUCUCUUCACUGUUUGCAACGCCGUCAUAUCCGCAACCGCCCCUCCCCGAUCAUCAUGACGCCUCUCCUAGCAUGGUAUAUCGGAAUUUCCACGCUUUACGGAGAUAUCAGCGCGACGCCGACGUCCUCGAUUCUUACUAUGCUCUCAUUCAUGCAUCUUUUCCCAUUCUGCCAUUAUUGUCCAAGUCCAACCGGGAACACCCGUCAGUUUCAGAUCAGCCCAUGUUUGGUCUUCCUGUUGAUGAAGGAUUCUUCGCGGACUACCAACCAUCGUCACCUCUUAUUCUGGCACUGCUGUCGGUUCUUGUCCUCUUUCCCGACACAGAUGGCGGCUCUACGUCUGAAGAGAUCAGUCAGGAAAUGCGUUUCCGAUUCACACAAUCCCUUGCAGAGUGCGCUUCGGAGAGCAUUGAGGUAUACACGAGCAGGGCUGAGCUCAAUUCGCUGCUUCUAGAGCCAGAUCAGCCUGACUCGUGGCUACAUCCUAACUUGCCCAACCAGCUCCAGAUCCCCAUGGCAUUAUGUGUUUUAAGCAUGCAAGCUUACCUCCAUAGUGGAAACCUACCUAAGAUGCUUCAUCUUGCAGAGAGAGCUCUCGAUACAUGUAUGCAAAUGUCGUUGCAUCAGUACGAAGGGGAGGGGCCACAAACUGAAACGAUUAGAAGAGUUUGGUGGAUGUCUUACCUUUGCUUGUGCAACGCCUGCAUUGUCAACUGCAAGCCUCCAAAGCAGUUAGAUAGGUCGAGUAUCAAAACACCUUAUCCGGACGAUGGGUUAUCUCAGGUUUGGAAACAGCAUCUCGUAAUGCAUAACGUGACAGCUGUGCGGCUAGCAAGCGCUAAGAUCAAGCUUCAUCGGUACUGUGCCUUCAUGAAUUCCUGCGCCUUGCUCGAAGUCUUCGAGCAUAUACCAGAAGAACAAGUCGACACUGCCUCGAGCAACUAUUCGUUAGCGCUGCCAUUGAAACUGGGAAGUUUGAAUGGGAGUCCCCGCGAUCUCCGAUCGUUUCUUUUCCCUUUCACAGAAGCCCAAUCACUAGAAACAUGCACCAAUUGUGCUUUGGAAAUCAUUACGCACUUGGAGGCAAUACGAAAUCAUGUCAAUGUACCGUAUUUCUUCUGCUCCAGUGUCCAAUGUGCAUACACUAUCAUGAUGGUCUACUUCAGCCAGACUCGGCCAGGACAGACCUCCUCUGGCCAUUCCCAAAAUGACCUGGGUGAGCAAUGCUUGAGAGGCCUGGAUAGAGCAUUGGUUAUUCUUCAGAGCUUCGCCUCAUCGUAUGGUUCAAUUGCCAAGGUCCACGACUUGGUCCGCAAUGUGGGUGACGCACUAAUGGGGAAAAGAUAAGGUACAUUCUCGGGAUAAAGAAAAUACCGACCUCGGCGCAAAAA